GAGGAGACCAGGCGCUUUCGGAGCGGGGGCGGCCGCGUCCCGCGUAGCCUCCGCGCGUCUCCUUCGGGUUGCUCUCUCGGGGCCGCGAUGCGUUCGGCUUGAGCUCUCCCUCCGCAGCGCUCCUGCUUCGGACCUCUGCGGGGCGAGGGGCCGCGAUGGCCGCGGGCGGCUGGCAGGAGGCGGCGGCCCAGCAGGCCGAGCAGACGGCGGCCCGGGUGCGGGACGUGCUGUCGGGCGGCCUGGGCCUGCUGCGCACCGAGCUGGGCCUGGAGCUGGGCCUCGACCCCCAGGGCCUGCCCACCUGGCUCGCCCUGGCGCUCCCGGCCGCGUUGGGGCUGGCGCUGCUGGGGCUGCUCCUGGCCGCGGCCUGCGGAGGAGGGCUUCGCAAGAAGGCGGCGCGGAGCGCGGCCGAGAGGAAGGGCGACGAGGCGGUGGCCCUGACGGCCAGCGGGGGCCCGGGCAGGGCGGCGGGGCCGGGACCGGGGCUGCUGAAAGGCGACGAGCAGAAGAAGAGGAACAAGAAGAAGCUGCAGGAGAAAGCGGCGAGGCCUAAUGGACGGUCUUUCCUUGAUGUAUCUGAGGAUGAAGUGAUACAGCCCGUCCGUAAGGAAAAUACAAAGCAGCCAUCGGAUGCAGAAAAGAAGAAUGAAAAGUCAAAGAAGAAAAAGAAAUCAAAGGGAGAUGCUAAAACAGCUCCCGAUUCAUCACGUCUAGAUGGAAAGGAAGCUGAUGAAGGAACCUGGGAAACGAAAAUCAGUAACAGAGAAAAGCGUCAGCAGCGCAAGCGCGACAAGGUGAUGACUGAUGGUGGUUCAGGAGAAUCAAAUCUCCAGGGGACAGAGAACACAGCUGCUGUAUCCAUUGAACAACUCAUGCCCCCACCGUCACUUCCAGUUGGUCUCAGAAAAAAUAAAGGUGAUACUCUUUUGAAUGUGCAAGUUAGCAGCUCUAAACCUUCAAAGGGGGAAUCGUCAGUUCCACAAGUUUCCCCAGGAUUAAAUGAAAGCCAUACAGUAAAUGGUGGAAGCUGGAAUGAGAAGCCUGUAAAAAUCUCCUCACAGAUUGGUGUAGGAGAGGAAAAAUGGACUCCUGUUUCCUCAGCUACAGCUGGGAAGAGGAAGACUGAGACAUCUGCCUGGGCCCAAGAUGCUGCAGAUGGAAACGGGAAUGGAAAGGACUGGGGUGUAACCCUGGUGAGCAGGCCCUGGAAGGAGCGUUCUUUGUUCACUCCCAUUGAUGCUUGGAAGGUAGAUGCAAGGAUUAAUACCUCUGAACAGAAUUCUACUUCUUUCUCUUCUUUUGGAUUAACUCCUGGAGUUUCUGGAUCCAACAGUGAAUCGGUUUCUCAGGCUGGUACUUCUGAUUUUCCAUGGGAUUUGAGUCACACUCAGCCCCCUGUUGAUGAUGAAUGGUCUGGGUUAAAUGGACUUUCUUCUGCUGACCCUAGCUCUGAUUGGAAUGCACCAGCAGAAGAGUGGGGAAACUGGGUCGAUGAAGAAAAAGUUGCUUCUGUUCCACAGCCUGAAGAGGCAUUAUCUGAUGUUCAGAAGGCUUUAGGUAAUGAAAGAGAAAAAGGAGAGCCAGUUCUUCAGAGUUCUACAAGUGGGAAGUCCAAGAAAAAGAAGAAGAAAAAGAAGAAGCAUGGUGAAGAAGCUAACUCUCCUUCACAGGACACUGAAGAACUGGACAGAGAAGCUGGAGAGGAAUUUCAAGAGGAUACCUCAAAAGCUAAGCCACAGCAGGAAAUAGCUUUUUCUCUGAAGACCAUAAGUACUAGUGAACCAGCUAAGCCUGUGGAGGCUCCUUCUCUUGCUGUUUCUGAGCCAUCUGUAAUUGUAUCAGAGAGUGAUUCUGUCAAGAUUGCUUCCCAAGUGCCACAGAUGCUGCAAGAGACAGAUGUUUCUAGUCCCAGUAUUAAGCAAAACAGUGUGCCUCCUCCCCAGACAAAGUCUGAAGAAAGCUGGGAAUCCCCCAAACAAGUCAAAAAGAAGAAAAAAGCAAGGAGGGAAACGUGAACUUCCCGAGAUGGACAUGCGUUGCUGAAUACUGUCAUGAAGAUUAUGCUGUUUAUGCAAUAAUUUGUGAACAUGUACAGAAUUUUAUAUGUUUCAAACAAUUUUUAAAAACAGAACUGCUGUGAACACAAACAUCUUCAAAAAGGAAUCAAACGAAAGUAACUUUAUAAUAUAGGAAACAGAACAUGCUACAUUUGAAAGACAUUCUGAAGAGUCUGCUUUUCCAACUUUUGGAGAGAGAUCUUAAUUAAAAAAACAAACUGGUUUUACAACACAGUGCCCUGUUUACAACAGAUUAUAUUCUCAUCUACUGCUACGGAUAAAAGGUUAAUUUCAAGGAAGGGUUUUCUGUAAAAAUAUGUCUGUACAGUAGUGGGUGUUUCUUGCCUCUCUUGUGGGUGAUGCAGUAGAAGCACAGAAUGUCAACAAUUAGAAUUUGUUUCAUGCCUAAAUCAAAGUGCUUUGAUUUAAUAUGUAAUCUACCAUAUCCUUACAGUAAGUUGGUUAGCGAGUCUGCUAGCUAUUACAGGAAUCACAAGUGCAAAUCGUAACCAUUUGUACCAGUCGGACCUUCAUGGUUUGUGUAUGAAGUUAACACAAUAAAACUACUUUGGGUUAAAAGUUUGAGAAUGUGAUUUGAAGCAUAAGUAUGGUCCAUGAAGUUAUUUUUGAUAAUGUCUAUUACCUUACUUGAAUUGUUGAAGAUAACCAUAUAUAUUUUAAGAAUGCAGUCAUGUGCAUAAAAAUCAGCUUCUCUGCUUCAUUCGCUGUAGUUCUUGGUUGAUUCAAAUUCCCAUCCAAAAUUGUAACACUUUUAACUCUUAAAAUCCCACAAGGAAUUAAAAUCAAAUGUUCUCUUCCCUUAGAACUUAUUCAUUUACCAUACCCAACUCUGUUUUGUUCUCUAAUGCUAAAACUCAAAAUAAGGUGAACUUUCACUCAACAAGUGAAAUUGGGAAUGCGGUGAUCUGUUGGAGAACUGGAGUGGCUUCAGACAGCUUUAAUUGACAUUGUCAAGACCAGUUAUCAGGAACACUUUUUUUUUUUUACUGCCUUAACCUGUAGUGUGUAGAAUAUGUCUAGACUUCUGAACAGGAGUUUGUGUUUUUAUAAAAAAAUAAAAGGAAAACAUUAACUCAAGUAUAGCAGUUACAAAAAAUAAAGAGCAUUUCCUGCUUGAAACUGUUAAUUGAAAUGGUGUUUAAGAUGUGUUGUCAUUUUCAGGCACUGUGUAACUACAUGGUAUCAAACUGACGAUGUGUUUGUGUCUGUAAGGUGCAUGCUAAGUCAUGUACACUGUAAAUAGCCUUUACAACAACCUGUUGGAUGCAGGUGGUGAUUGGCAUCCCCUGGUGACUUUCAGUAAAAGAGCCAAGAUGUUUUGAAA